CUCAACUACCCCUCAGUUUCAAAGUCUCAACCACCAUAAGCCCCACCAGCCCGGAACCGCAGAUGAGUACAAGCUGAACUUCGCGCGCCGCGCCCUCGCCCGCGUAUGUAAAGGCCCGACUGGACCCGCAGGCCAUCGAAACGCUCCUCGCACCGGACAUCGCCACCACCAACACCUUCUGGCGCGAGACCCUCGCUGCUAACUCCCCAUCCCAGGAGUUCAGACCCGCACGGGUCGAGCUCGCCAUCACCGGCAUCACCGCCGCCGAGUUCCUGGACUAGUUCCGCCACUAUGCCGAGAAGGAUUCCACCUACAUGCUGGCCGCGCAGCCUGAGCACUGGGUCGUCGCCUCGGACGCAUCGGGCCACCAGACGGUCAUCGAAAACCUCGGGCAGUCGACCUCGCGAUUCGCCAUCACCUUCGCGGACCCUGCACAUCCCUGCCAGCUGGCCGACGUGUACGAGGGCUACCCGAUCCGGAUGAGUGAAUACAGGCGGUCUGAUGACGGGGGGGGGGUUUGUUAUUGGGUGCGUACUGCAUCAGUUCCGGGCACAUGAGGAUGGCGCAGUCGCAGGGUUUGAUGCAAACCUGGGUAUUGACUUCCCCGCCCCCGCGCUGGAGGCACUGUUGGAGGCCCAUUGGCAGCAUCUGGUGGUGGAGUUUACGAAUUGGGCGAGGCGGUGCUAUGAGUAUUCGAAGUGGGGAACACUUGGGAAGAAGGAUGUUUGAACCUUUUUUCAUUCUUCUUUGAGGUUUGUGGAGUUAGGAAGACUCUUUGUUUGAAACCGAUGAGCAUGAAGAGGUGCUGUUACGAUUGCGGUUGUGGAGUGUGAUUGUCUCUUACAGUAAGACCGCGCGAUCCUGUUUUCCAGCUCGAAAAUCUGUGCGUGACGGCAGGGAGGGGUACAAG